GGAAGAUUCGCCUUCAGCCCAGACCCCAUCAGGAAAUGCUCUGGCUGUAUGUCAUCCUGGCAUGCCGCUCUGUCACACCAUGAACACCACAGCCUGUGAUGGAUCAGAAGAUUCUUCACCCAUCUUCUACCUGGUGGGCAUCCCCUCCCUGCAGGAGUUCCUCCUCCCUGUCUUCUUCAUCUUCCUGUUCUUCUACCUGUUCAUCCUGGUGGGGAACACGCUGAUCCUGGUGGCCGUGGUGAUAGAGCCCAGCCUCCACAAGCCCAUGUACUUCUUCCUGAUCAACCUCUCUGCCUUGGACAUCAUUUUCACCACGUCCACUGUCCCCAAGAUGCUGUCCCUACUCUUGCUUGGGGACCGCCUCCUCAGCUUCCCUGCCUGCUUCCUGCAGAUGUACCUCUUCCACAGCUUCUCCUGCUCCGAAGCCUUCAUCCUGGUGGUCAUGGCCUAUGACUGCUAUGUAGCUAUCUGCCGCCCACUGCACUACCCUGUCCUCAUGGCCCCACAGACCAACGCUGCCCUGGCAGCCACUGCCUGGCUCAUUGCCCUCCUCCUGCCCAUCCCGGCAGUGGUGCAGACCUCCCACAUGGCUUUUGACAGCGCUGUUCACAUAUACAACUGCUUCUGUGACCACUUAGCUGUGGUCCAGGCCUCCUGCUCUGACACCAUGCCCCAGACCUUCAUGGGCUUCUGCAUCGCCAUGGUGGUGUCCUUCCUGCCCCUUCUCCUGGUGCUUCUCUCCUAUGCCCACAUCCUGGCCUCAGUGCUUCGCAUCAGCUCCCGAGAAGGACGCUCAAAAGCCUUCUCCACCUGCAGCUCCCACGUCCUGGUGGUUGGCACCUACUACUCAUCCAUUGCCAUAGCCUACGUGGCCUAUAGAGCUGACCUGCCCCUCAACUUCCACAUCAUGGGCAAUGUGGUAUAUGCUAUUCUCACACCUGUCCUCAACCCUCUCAUCUACAUGCUGAGGAACAAGGAUGUCAAAGCAGUCAUCACCAAAAUGGCACAUCCCCAGGACCCAGGGUGUUUUCGGGGUCCUUGAUCCUUAGAUGUAGUUAAUUCUUCUCCCAGGAUACCAGUGUGCUGAGAACAGAGAACAUCAUCAAAAAAUUUUU